GUCAUCUUUAGUCCAUCUUUAGACACAGUCUCUUCUUUUUUUUCCUGCAUCAUUUGGUAGAUUUAAAGUUACUUAUCUGCGUCUGUUCUUACGCUUCUGAUAUUUUGAAUUUCAUAACUCAUGUUGGCUGAAGAAACGGAUGCAUUUUUACAGUUUACGGCCACCAUGUCAAUUCCAGAUCUGAUCAAGACGAAGAGGGAUGGAGGGGCGCUGACUGAUGAAGAGAUCAAAACUUUCAUCCAGGCUGUUACAAACAAAACCAUCCAGGACUGCCAGACAGGGGCGAUGCUGAUGGCUAUCUGGCAGAAGGGGAUGAACGUCAUGGAGACCGAGACCCUGACCAGAGAGAUGAUGUCAUCAGGGGAAGUGAUGUCAUGGCCGAAGGAGUGGGCAGGGCGAGUGGUUGACAAACACUCGACAGGUGGAGUGGGAGAUAAAGUCAGCCUGGUGUUAGCACCUGCGCUAGCUGCCUGUGGCUGUAAGGUGCCUAUGAUCAGUGGGCGGGGCCUAGCCCAUACAGGAGGAACUCUGGAUAAACUGGAGUCAAUACCAGGAUUCAACAUCCACCAAUCAGCAGCACAGAUUCAGAGGAUCCUGGACUCGGUGGGUUGUUGUAUUGUGGGUCAGACAGAGACACUGGUUCCAGCAGACCGAGUCCUGUACGCUCUGCGGGACGCCACCAGCACUGUGGACAGCCUACCACUCAUCACUGGAUCUAUUAUUUCAAAGAAAGGUGCUGAGUCUCUGUCUGCUCUGGUGCUGGAUGUGAAGUUUGGAAAAGCUGCACUGUAUAAAGAUCUGGAGAGUGCUAAAGAACUAGCACAGUCAUUGGUGAGCGCUGGAAAUGGACUGGGGAUGCGUACGGGUGCAGUCCUCAGCUGUAUGGACGGUACAAUUGGUCGAUGUGUGGGCAACAGUCUGGAGGUGAUUGAGUCUCUGGAGACGCUGAAGGGAAACGGACCCGAAGACCUGAUGGAGCUGGUUACUACGCUCGGCGGUAUGCUGCUAAUGAUGACUGGCUCAGUUUCCGACCUAUCAGAAGGGAAGAAGAAGAUUUCUGAGGCAGUGAUUGGUGGAGCAGCUCUGUCCAAGUUCCAGGCCAUGAUGGAGGCUCAAGGUGUGAAAGAGAAGGAUGCUCAGUCCCUGUGCUCCACCCACACAGAUAACUACAGCGUCCUGAGGAAAGCUGAGCACCAGAUUGAACUGAAGACUCCUGCAGAUGGUGUGUUCCUGGGUGUAGACGGUCUGAUUCUCGCUGAAGUUCUUCAUAAACUGGGGGCGGGACGAUCGAAGGCCGGAGAACCUGUCAAUCACAGUGUGGGGGCGGAGCUGCUGGUGUCUCUGGGUCAGAGGGUCGAGAGAGGCGUCUCCUGGUUGCGGCUUCAUUACGAGGAUCCAGCUCCGACUCCAGACCAGGAGAGUCGACUGCAGAACGCUCUGAAUCUGGGAUCAACCCAACAACACACUCUGGUGAAGGAACUACUGCUGCCUUAGUAACACACAUUUUAAUAUGCUCUCUAUUUAUUCCUACAUAAUCACAGUAUUUUAGUAAAUGUACUUAGUUACUCAACUUUACUCUUGCUGUUAAAAUGAAAACUGGCACCAACAGAUUUUUAGCUGCAGUGUAACACCAACACAUCCAACAUAAAUAAAUACAAAUGGAAAUGAAGAAAUAAUGUUGUUGCAGUGU